UCCAAAACAAGACAAAGGGCGCCUCUCCUCCUUUUCGGUAAUUUUCUUUUCUUUUCUUUUCUUUUCUUUUCUUUUAAACACUUUGCUUCUCUUUCCUUAUUUUUAGAUUCCCCCUGUCACUAUCUGUCCGAUCCCUCACUCAAAAAUCAAAUUCUACGCUUCACUUCAAAUUGUUCUUCCUUUCCUGCUGCUGCUCCUUCUUCCUCUAUGCCUUGUCCCAGCAACGGCGUUCCCCCCACAGAAACUAGGGUUUCAGUUUUUCGUUUCUCUGACCUCUCAAUUGUUCAUGCUCUCAGCUACUUUUUCUAUCUUCUGAUUGCUCACUUCUUUGGAUUCCGUUGAAAUGAAGUACCUCUCUUCUGUUUCCAUGUUUCUCAGCUGCUGUGGUAGCUGACCAAGUAUUAGGAUCUUCGUUUCUUUGCUGCUAAUUUUGGCGUUUUCUUCAGCUCUAUCAAGUCUAUUUGGGAUGCAACUCGAAUUUUCGGCUUCUUGCUAGAGAAUUUGGAGAAUUUACGCUUGUAUUGAGAUUAGGGUUUCGAUGCUUAAUUACAUUAAAUUGCUGAAUUUCUGGUGUUUUCAUCUCCAUUCGAUGUUUAAAUUUCCAGUUUAGGGCUUUUUCGGGAGAAUUUGGAGGAAGCUGUUCUUGUAGUGAAAUUAGGGUUUCUGUUUAAAUUACGCAACUUUGUUCGAGUUCAGUUGUUAUUGCUUCGUUCUUCAGGUUCUGGGUUGUGAAAUAAGAUUGGUUGGAAGCUAAUGACUGUUGUUGUUGUGAAUUUGGGGUUUUUGUUAGCUUUUGAUUUGUCGGUGGAUUUUAGUUGAUAGUGCUAGUUUUAGCAAAUCUGGCGCGAGUUUGUUGUGCAAAAAACUGGGAUUUUUUGUUGUCUGCGUAAGAGAUGUUUUAUUCGCAGUUUAUAUUGGCCAAGAAAGGGCCUUUAGGGACGAUAUGGAUCGCGGCUCAUUUAGAGAGAAAGCUUCGAAAGAACCAGGUCGCCGACACUGAUAUUGGUGUCUCUGUAGAUUCCAUUCUUUUUCCUGAAGUACCAAUUGCACUUAGGCUGUCCAGUCAUCUUCUGCUUGGUGUGGUAAGGAUAUAUUCUAGAAAGGUGAACUACCUUUUUGAUGACUGCAGUGAGGCUUUACUGAAGGUAAAGCAAGCUUUUCGCUCUACUGCAGUUGAUUUACCUCCGGAAGAAUCAACUGCUCCAUAUCACUCAAUUACAUUGCCAGAGACUUUUGAUCUCGAUGAUUUUGAGCUGCCAGAUAAUGAUAUUUUUCAAGGCAACUAUGUUGACCAUCAUGUCAGUACAAGGGAGCAGAUUACACUCCAAGACACCAUGGAUGGUGUUGUUUACUCUACAUCACAGUUUGGAUUGGAUGAGCGUUUUGGUGAUGGUGACACUUCUCAAGUUGGUUUGGACCUUGAAGAGGAUCUCUUCCUGGAUAAGGUUGCAGCAACAGGGCAUGAUGAAAUUUCUGAAAAUGAUGCUCAGACAUCUGUUGAACCAAUGCCAUGCCCAAAAAUGGAUAUCAGUCAUGAAAGGAUGACUGGGUCUUCAGAAGACAUGCCAUUGAAUGGUACUAGAAAAAAGAUCGAAGGUUCUGCUGCAAAUUUGGAAGGCAUUGAUUAUGCUCAGGCUCCAUCUACCCCUGGAUUAAUGGGAGAGCCAGAUGUGUCCAGUGUCAAGGAAGGUCUGACCUGUGAUGAUCAUUUAGAAUCAGAAGAUCAUAAUUUAAGAGAAUUUGUAGGAAUAGAGAGCUCUGAAAAUGCUCCCAAUAAGUCAGAUCUUCAUCACAGCGAUGAUGCUAUGGAUUUGUCUUUAGGUGAUCAUUUAAAUCAUGAUUCUGGUGUGUGCCUGGCUGCUGGGGAGAGAAGCCUCCCAUCUGGUGACUUGGAGGUCAAUCAAACAGGGCUAAAGAGAGAUUUACUUUCUACUUCAGUGACUACAGAACAUGUUCCAGGAGAUGGGAAUGUUGGUGUACUGGAUCGGUUGGAUGAGGUAGAAGAUGCAAAUAAAGUUGUUUCAUGCAAUAAUGAAGAGACUGUCCCUUCUAUAGAUCAAAUUAAUGCAGAGUGUGAAGAAUCCGUAGGAGUUAGGUUGCAAGAAACUGAUGAUGGUGAUAUAGCCAAAAUCAUAGAAGAUUCGCACUCGAAUGACAAAGCUGUAGCGUUAAAUACUGUCCAUUCACUGGAAUUGCCUAGUGCUUCAAACUCUGUUAAUGUUGAAGGUCAUGGUUGUCAGGGAUUGGAGGAUCCUGAAGUAUUGAAUGACAAUGUGAAUAAUGAACAGAUGGCACCUGCUUGCACAGACGAGCUCCAGACAUGCAAUUCCCAUAUGAUCGAGCUUUGUACUUCAUCUCAUGAUGUUGGUAAUUCUGUGGUUAGUUCUGACUUGCAAUCAGCGGAUAUUGUACAAUUAUCAGCAGAGUCAUUUCUAAGGGAGGAAGGAUUCCAUGCUACUGGAACUUCCACUAAGGUGCAAGGUAAAGAGUGCCAUGCAACUGAUGAUGUACAAUCAGAGGAAAAUAGGAUGUCUGAACCCACUAUAAAUGGAGAAAUUCUGGCAGAUGGAAGAAAGCAAGAGGAACAAGUGGAUAAUGAAAUCACUAAUAAUAGCCAGUGUGAAGAUAUGAAUAGUUCCAUGACUUCUGAUCUGCCUGCACCUGAGAAGUUGCUUUUCGCUCCCCAGAGGCCUCUGGAUAGACCACAUGAUUUACUAGUUGAGACACCUGACAAAGAAGUCAGAGAGGAGGGUGAUGAAAGUGGUGCACAGACAAAAAUGUCUGGUAAAAAACGUAGUUUUGCUGAAGGUUCCCAAACUGUACAAAGUAUAAAUUCAGUUGAAUCAUUCGACAUGACCAGAUCAAAGAAAACUGUAGAUUCUGUUCCUGAUGAUGAUGACUUACUAUCUUCUAUAUUAGUUGGGAGAAGAUCUUCAGUUUUGAAAAUGAAGCCAACUCCACCCAUACCUGAAAUUCCAUCUAUGAAGCGUGCCCGUUCUUCUUCUCGACCUACCGCAUUGAAGAGGAAGGUUCUUAUGGAUGAUUUGAUGGUUUUGCAUGGCGAUACUAUACGUCAACAGUUGACCAACACUGAGGACAUACGUCGAAUGCGUAAAAAAGCUCCUUGUACACGCACUGAAAUUUUGAUGAUUCAGAAGCAAUUCUUGGAAGAGGAGAUCUUUUGUGAACCAGUAUUAACUGGCAUGUUAGCAGAACUGAAACAGUUGCACAGUGAAGCAUUUGAUUUGAGCGGAAUCAGGGUUUCUGAAAAUGAUGAUAUUAAUAAUAAUGCUUCCUUGGAAGCAUUGAAUGAUGAAGAUUCUGCAAAGCAAAAUGUUACCCAAAAUAGUGAAAUUGGAGGGUCCACAGAACCUGGUAGUUUCAGAAGUAACUUGGAUGGACAAUCCUCUGAGACUCCAUUUCAGAAUGAUAAUCACCAGGUUGAUGGCCACUUAAGCUCCUAUGAUAUUGGCUAUAAAGAGCUCAUGAAUGGUAUCACUGAUUCAUCUAAAUGUAGAACUUCUGAACAUGAGCAUUUGGGAGAAAUAAGUGAAAUGGAAAUUGAUAAAGUGAAUGCUGAAGUUGCUGAUGCCACAAAUCAUUCUGCUCAGGAGUUGGUGACAUCCCAAAGUGAGCCAGUGUCUGGAGAUAUUUUUGAAAUGGCAACUGGUACUGUUGAUCAGUCAGAUUUCAUGGAAAAAAUUAUUGGUGCUGACGAUCUUAUGCAGAUGGAUGCUUCAAACCUACCAUCUGAUAAGAUUGAUUCACAACUAGUUGAGGAAGUUGCUUCUUUAAGGGACAUGGGCAAUGACACAGAUUUUGAUGGUAUUGAAGUUGUAGGCCAUUCUGCAGAGCAAAGUGUUGCAAUUGCAACUGAAUUGGGGAUAGAAGGAAUGCUGUUGGAGGAAAGCAAAGUUGGUGCAUUAAUGGAAGUCACAGAUUUUCGGGCAGAAGGUUCUUUACAUAUUAAUGAUGCAGACUGUUCUCUUGCUAAUGUAUCUUUUGAAACUGGUGGAUGCAUUAACUUUAGUUCUGUAAAUGUUGACCAACCUUUGGACGAGAUCGGAAAUGAUAAGCAUGGGAUUCGUAGCGAGGAUGGAGGCUUGGCUGUGACCUCAGGGUGCAUUGAUGAUAAGGACCAAAUCUCUAAUCAUUUGUGUAAUGAAGAAUCUAAAAUGGAUUCUACAUAUACGGUAGGACUUGAUGGGGAUCUCAAGAGCACUUCCAUGAAUGGAGAUUUUACAGUAUGUCAACAGGCUGAUCAUCAGAACACCAUAGAUAUGCAAAAUACGCCGCUUGAACAGGAUUUUCAAGAUAUUUCUUUUGCAAAUGAUACAGAGUUCUUGAAUGUAGAUGAUGAUGAAAUAGGUGAAGAUGAUGAGGAAGGCAUGCCCAAUGCUGAAGAUACUCGCCUUUUUGAGAACAGUGGGUGGUCUUCUCGCACCAGAGCUGUUGCCAAGUACCUUCAAACUCUAUUUGAUAAGGAAGCAGGACAUGGAAGAAAGGUCCUCGCAAUGGACAAUCUACUAGCUGGUAAAACUCGCAAGGAAGCAUCGAGAAUGUUCUUUGAGACAUUGGUACUUAAAACAAGGGAUUAUGUCCAUGUUGAACAGGCGAAGCCUUUUGACAACAUUAAUAUAAAGCCACGAGCAAAGCUUGUGAAAUCAGACUUCUGACCUCUUGCGUAGGAAGGCAAAUGCAUUUGAUGAAGUCCAUGUAGUCUUGGAUUGGCUGAUGUUUGGGCAGGCUGGAUUUUUUCGUUUUGGUCGUUUUUUUUUUUUUUAAUGUAACUGGUAGAUGAGUAGUGGGAUAAAGCUGCACAUGUCACCAUGUUUAUAACAAAAUUGUUGUAAUGUAGAUCUUAUGUGUAAAUAUGUAAAAGAUAUCAUUAUUAUUUGCAAGUAUAGCCCUUUAUCUUA